AUGACGAGCCCCAGCGGAACCCCUGCCAUCAGCAUCAACCGUGUGCCAGACAACUUCAAUUUUGCUGAUCUCUCGACCACCCCUGGCGGCACCAUCUACGCCACCACCCCUGGAGGCACGCGCAUUGUGUAUGACAGAAGCGCCCUCCUCUUUCUGAGGAACUCUCCUCUGGCAAAGACCCCGCCCAACAACAUCGCCUUCAUCCCUGGCGUCACUGGUCCUGAGGUCAGCCCCAAGGACAAGACGAAGCAGGAGAAGGUGAAACAGCCUAAGGAGAACAAGGACGACGCCGACGAAAUGUUCAAGAUGGACUAA